AUGCUCUUAACGGACUUGCUGUUUCGAAAUGACUUGGAGCUAGACGUGAAAUUGUUGGAAUUGGAGAGUGCUAAAAGUGGUUGUAUUGAACGAUAUGAUUAUUUAGCAGUCACUCAUCACCAGAGAUUGACUGAGUCUUUGGAACGAUUACAGAAGAACCGUGCUCGGGCGCAGGAUCUGAAGGAAAAGACGUCAACAGUUAUUGGACAUCUACAGGAUGCAUUAGAGACUGAGGCGCCAGUUGUCGCAGAUCUUAGCAUGGUUUCGAACUCGGCAGAUCGGGUAUUGAAACAACUCUUCAACGAUUUAAGAUAUUCUACCAUCAUGAAGGAUGUCGAUGAAAUUAGACGCCUCAUUGACAGGAUAGAGGAGAUAGUACCUACCACUCAAUCAUCCACCACUCAAUCAUCCACCACUCAAACAUCUUCGACGACUGCGAUAACUCAAUCCAACCUUAUGACCGUAAGCCGUCAUAGGAAAGAACUCGAAGCGAAAAUGAUGAGCCAAAUUCAGUGCACAUUUAUGAUACUCCUACAAACGAUUGUAGACAUACCAAACAACUGCGUGAUGGCUUAUCUACAGAGUUUGGAAGUGUUGUCUAGAUAUACUGAAGUUGGCAAAGGAUGUCAGAAUUUACGGGAAUGGUUAAUCUACGCCCAUCUCCAAAAGCUGACAAGCACUGAUAUCGAGUUGAGAGCAGUUGUCUCCGCAACUUACGAUGAUGUUUUGUGGUGGCUAAACGAUGUGACGCAAUCUCUCUUGGUGUUUCAGGGACAUGCUGAGGUUCUAGCCAGGGCUGAAGAUCCAGCCGACCCCGCCAGGCUCUCUGAAAGGCUCUGCUCCGACUUUAUUGCUCAAGUUUUACCGACAGUCGACAAGGUACUCGAUUUGGUCUCGAGGCAAUUUUCGCAGGAUUUCGUUCGAUACCGGUAUGCACACACUUUUCUAACGAUUGAUUUUGCCAAACGGAGUAUAGUUGACCAAGAAAGCGAACUAAGUGUGCUGGACCCAAAGAUCUCCGGCUUCGAAAAUGCGACGUCGUCCUCCGGACAGGCGAGCGCUGCUCCUGGCAAUCCUGCUAGCAAUGUUUCGGGCAGUAAUGCUCCAACUGGUGGGUCUGGCCUCGCGAAGACGUCGCGUGCUGGAGAAGGAGCGUAUAUAUUUAGCCCUUUGGCCGGUUCGGGUGUUCCAGAUGUGAAUUUAAUUCAGAAGUUUACAGAGCGCAUCAGCUGUCUCAGCCAUGUGAGCUGGAGACUGUACGGGGUGGAUUCAUUGCUGGUGUUGAUUCCGACGUUCGAAAAGUUGAUUAUCGGCUUACUUGCGGCGAAGAACGAGUCAGCUUGUAGGCAAUGCCGCAGCGAGCUGGCGACGUGGGCGAAAAUGCCGGCGGUUACACGCGAGUGUCUGCUAGCGAUUAGCUCUCCGGCGACGUCGCCUGCCAGUCGCCCGGAGCAGGCCGCGAGCUCAGCAGACACGAGUGUGGCCAACGAAGGAGUCAACGAAGUAGGCACGCUUCCGACCAGAGCGGUUGAGGGGGCCGUAGUUGAGGGAAUUGCAGUUGAGGGGAGUCCUUUGGUGGAGGCAGGUGCUUGCACUCCGGGCGCAACCGCAGUGCCCCGGGAGGCGAUGUCUGCGCUCGCAUGUUUGCGAGACCAACUGGGUGAGUUGCAGAACGUGGUUCCCUUAGCAGUCUGGCUGGAGUCGCACUUGGAGUGUCUAAACGGUCUGGGGUGUUACCUCUCUCUCGUGGGCAAUGCCGCGGAUGGUUUGGUAGAAAUGGUCGUAGAGGUCAACUUCGAAUGUCUCCGCAGGUUCCUUCUCGUCUUCAAGAGCGAAGCAAUGACCAUCCUGCAAAAUGAUAAGACCAAAUUGCCCGUCUUCUCCGACCUUGCACAACUCAUUAGCAUGAACCUUAUACCCAUCAGUCUCAACGCUGAACAUCUUGUUCUCCGCAAUGCAGUCCAAACAAACCGACUGCUACUCGCUAGACGCAAUGCCAUCCUCAAACUAGUCGCCACACGCGUGUGCAGAAUUGCUCUUCGCGAGAACCCCCUCAUAGACCAGGAGUCCUUCCUCUACAAAUAG